UUUAGCAUGUCUUAUGUAUCAGACAGCUCUUGCCUUAGAAAGGCCCUCCGCCAGCAAUACCUCAGUCUAACCCAGGGAGACCACUGUCAAAUCUCUUAUAUCUGGAUCGAUGGCUCUGGAGAGGGUCUGCGUAGCAAAUCUCGAACCAUGGAUUCUGAACCAAAGUGCAUAGCCGAUCUACCAGAAUGGGAGUUUGAUGGGUCCAGUACAGGCCAGGCUGUAGGAUCCAACAGUGACAUGCUACUCAUUCCUGUUGGCAUGUUUAGAGACCCGUUCCUUUUGGAUCCCAACAAGCUUGUCCUAUGUGAGGUGGUCAAGCACACCCGAGAGCCUGCAGACAUGGUCACAUUUGUUAUCUUAGAAUCAAACCAUCGUAAUAGAUGUAACAAGGUCAUGGAGAUGGUCCAAGAGGAGCUCCAGCCCUGGUUUGGUAUGGAGCAGGAAUAUACUCUUUUAGGAUUGGAUGGACAUCCUUACGGCUGGCCCAGACUUGGCUUCCCCAAGCCGCAAGGUCCGUAUUACUGUGGUGUUGGUGCUGACCGGGCCUUUGGAAGAGACAUCGCGGAGUGCCAUUAUAAAGCCUGUCUCUACGCUGGCAUUAAAAUCUGUGGCACUAAUGCAGAGGUCAUGCCCUCUCAGUGGGAGUUCCAGGUAGGACCCUGUAAAGGAACUGAGAUGGGAGAUCAAAUGUGGAUGGCUCGAUUCCUGCUGCAAAGGGUCUGUGAAGAUUUUGGUGUGCUGGCCACCCUAGAUCCCAAACCCAUGAAAGGAAAUUGGAAUGGAGCCGGUUGCCAUAUUAAUGUGAGCACUGUGCACACAAGAGGAGAAGGAGGAAUGGAGUACAUUGAGCAAGCCAUUGAGAAACUGAGAAAGCGACAUGUUGAACAUAUUCGAGUCUAUGAUCCACACGGUGGCGAGGACAACAAGCGACGCCUCACAGGUCUUCAUGAGACCUCCAGCAUCCAUGAAUUCUCUGCAGGUGUUGCUAAUCGAGGUGCAAGCAUUCGCAUCCCUCGUCUGGUGGCUCUGGACAAGUGCGGUUACUUUGAAGACCGACGUCCUGCUGCUAACUGUGACCCAUAUUUAGUCAUCUGUACAAUCGCCCGCACAUGCAUGCUGGAAGAGGAAGAUGAAGUCGUUGAUCUGGAAUAAGAGAACCUACAUAAUAGCCAUUGUAUGUCAUUUCAGCAUUUUAAAUACCUAAAAGGUUAUAUACAGAACAUAUUACACUUUAUUUUAAAAUAUCCAUUUCUUCAUCACCAAAAUAAGAAUGAUAUGAGUAAUAUCAUAAUAUAAUAUGAAAUUUACCAUCCUUUGUCAACUUUAUAUAAGCAUCUGUGAAGACUGUAGUGCAUAUAAAUCAAAGACUUUAUACAUUAUAAGUACUCUGACAUUAUGUAGCAUAAUCCUCAUGUUUAUUUAUUUAUUGAGUGAAUGCAGGUUAAUUGUACAAUAAUGCCAUGUUUGCAUUCUCAGAUCUAUUAAGUUAGUAAAAACACUAAUGUGAUGGCUAAGCUUUUGUCUUGGGAGAACUGCACUGCUUGAUGUG